AUGAACGACUCUACUCUUUCCACCUCUCAUGCCCAAACUAAGGCAACGUGGACACAAGACGCGAUUUGGAUACAAGUCGAAAAAAUUGUGCAGAGGAUUAGAGAUCAACAUGUUUACUAUUUGUUUCACCUGUCAAAGCACAGAACCAGAGCACACAAGAUCAGGGUGCACGAUCAGAAUAUUUUUCCUCAACACCUUCUCCGUUAUCAAAAUCAUACCACAGAUAAAGUAUUGGAAACACGGAAAUUGCUCGGAAACCAAUCCAUGGACACAUCUAGCUCAAAUAAAACCAAACCUUCCAGUAAAUACUCUCACGCUAUGAGUAAAGAAAAGG